AUGACAAGAGCAAGGGCGUCUUGUUGGACAGCAAGGGCAUUUUCUAUGGAAGCCUGCUUGGGGUCAUCCCGCAACCACCGUGACCCACUGCCGCAACUCGAGAUUUCAGAUGGUGCCCUAGAUCUGCGAGAGGCUCGACGGCAGGAAAAUGUGAACGUCGGCUCAGCCGGAGACGAGGCUCAACGGCGAGAAAAUGUGGACGUCGGCUCAGCCGGAGUCGAGGCUCAACGACGAGAAAAUGUAUGGACGCCGCAAAUAAAUGACUUCGAUGCUAGCGUAAAUAAAUCUGUUAACAUAGAUGACGAUUUGGCCAAGUUUUUGACGUUGAAGUCGGAGAGGUAUGGUCGGCCAUCUUUGAGGUUGAUGUCGCCGAUAUGGAUCGUUAAAUUUGGGGUCGUCCAUCACAAUUUCGCCUCUCGGUGCCACAAUUUUGAGAUCGUGAACUCGGUUUGUUCUAUGGGAAAUCCGGCUGCGAUAAACAUCACUAGAUUGUCCAUCGGCGUCUACUCUCCAAUUUUUGCCAUAGUGAGGGUGGUAUAUCGACACGUAGCUAAUAGCCUAAUACCUACUCUUCCAAUCGAUAAUAAAAUUAAUAAUAAUCAUCAUAAUUCCUUCUCUCACCCGUUGUUAGUGUCAGAGAUGGAAAAUAAACCACCCUCAGCGCCUGAUUCAACUUCCCUUCCUCCGCAUACAGCUGCAGCUCCCGGCAGUGAAGAACACAUCAGGCUAUCGCCGCCGCUGGGCUCGCCGGAUAACUCACCGGAGGAUUCUCAAUCCUCCCCGCUCCACUCCAAAAUGGACAGUGGGGGACAUAUUUCGAUGUCUCCCUCGACGGUGGGGUCUCCCUGUAACUCGCCGGCUCGCUCUUCGCUUGCCUCCGAUCAUUCCAACAUCAAUCGCAUCCCAGAGAACAGAAAUCUUUAUUCUCCGGAGAAUAAGCCUCCGCCGCCUGCCGCGCUGGUGAAGAGAGAUGUGUUCAACGAGCCUAUGGAGAGCAGGGUUGUACUGGAGGAGCCUAUGGCAGAGAUGGAAAGGGCUGUUUUGGAGCAGCAUAAGGCCGCGGCCAAGAUCGAUUCAGGUCCUACGACGGUUGCAGGCGGCGGCGGCGGGGAGAGUGGACACCGGGGGUAUAGACCUUCUCUAUCGAUAUUGAGGGGAGCUAAAAGAGAGAAGAUGGUGAAGAAAGCUGCGCUGGGGUUCAGGAUUUUUGGAUUCCUCUUUUGCUUGGUCUCGUUCUCAGUUAUGGCAGCCGAUAGAAACCAAGGGUGGGCUCUUGAUUCAUUUGAUCGCUACAGAGAAUUUCGGUACUGUAUGUCUGUUAAUGUAAUUGGAUUUGUUUACUCAGCUGCUCAAGCUUUUGAUAUGUCAUAUAAUUUGGGAACUGGAAAUACGUUCGAAAGUAGAAUUACUCAGAUAAUAGCUUAUCUUCUAAUAUCGGCAUCUUCAUCGGCUGCCAUUCGUGUCGAGGACUGGCAAUCCAAUUGGGGAAAGGACAAGUUUCCGGAUCUGGCAACUGCUUCAAUAUCGAUGUCUUUUCUUGCUUUUGUUGCCUUAGCCAUUAAUUCACUCAUAUCUGGUUAUGCUCUUUGCACGUCCAAAUCUUUGUAG